UCGGUCAGACGUGGGUCUUCACGCUGGGACGACGGGGGUUUGAGGGCUCAUUGAAUUGCAAAUGAACUCGACAUAAAUAUCUUUACGUUUGGGUUUAACGAAGCUACCGUCAGAUCUAUUUCAUUCUAAUGUUAACCCGACUUGGCGUCGAGCUUUGAUGACAAAAACGUCCUUUUACAAAACGACAAUACACGUCCAGCACGGCCUGUUUUAACACUUCACCACAUGUUUUAUUGUGUUCGUAAGGACGUUUAGAGAUAGUUAAUAACUAGUUCGCUAGUUAAAGUGUCUGGAGCUGUCUGUUCCCAGGGUCUUGGUGAAUGGCCAUGAUUUGCAUUCGUCCUCUUAAAAGUCAGAUAAACUCUUUCCUGGUGGUCAGCCGCCUUCGGACUGCACACGCUCCGCCUCUGCUCCGGUGGCAGCAAGGACGAUGCUUAAAGUGCUUCUCUUACCCCUUCCGGUGCGCUUGGGCAUCAGUUCGACUCCAGCUAUUCGAGACACACGCUGCUUGCGAUUUAAAAUGGUCCUCAUUGUUUGAUUCGAGUCGUUUGACACUCUGCCAAGAAGCAGGUCCGAGACUACUUUACCCAGGAACAGUCCACGGACUGCAGCUCGGCCGCUGUUUCCCAGCCAUAAAGGUACCCGUAAAAACGUUCCACACCUCGGGCAGACACCGAGCCGUACCCGCUCCACUCGUAUGGCUGGUCUUCAAACCCCUGCAAAAGGUUGCUGCUAUAAUACUGGGAAGGAGCAUCAGGUUGUGGUGGAAGUCCUUGCCGGCCAAUAAGAAGCAGGUUUUCCGUGAGUGGGCGUGGCAGCGGCGAUGGGCCCUCACGGGUGCUUGGUCAGGGCUGCUGCUCGUCACUGUGCUUUUCUUCCUCACGCACCUUGAAGAGACCCCGUUGACUGGCAGGACCAGACUGCUGGUUUUCAGCAGGGAGAAAUUUAUGGAUCUGUCUCAGUUCGCUUCAGAUGAGUGCAUGGAGCAGCACAAGGACUCAUUCGUUCCAGCUUCCGACCCCCGGCAUCAAGUGGUUGAACGGUUAGUGCAGCACUUGGUUCAGAGGAAUCACGACAUUGAAGGGAUCGAUUCGGUACCCUGGACGGUCCACGUGGUGGACAGCCCUGCUCUGAACGCCUUCGUGCUGCCUAAUGGGAAGGUCUUUGUGUUUGCGGGAAUGUUGGAGGCUGUUAAAGACGUCCACCAGCUGACCUUUGUCCUGGGGCAUGAGAUGGCCCAUGCUCUCAUUGGUCAUGCUGCUGAGCAGGCCAGUAUGUCUCACGUUGUGGACUUGCUGUCCUUUAUCCUGCUGACAGUGAUGUGGACCGUCUGCCCUCGAGACAGUCUUGCUGUGCUGGGCCACUGGAUCCAAGGCAAACUGGCCCAGUUUUUGUUCGAUCGACCCUACAGCCGGAGUCUGGAAGUGGAAGCCGACCAGGUUGCACUGCGGCUGGCUGCGAAGGCGUGUGCGGAUGUGAGAGCAGGGUCUGUGUUUUGGCAGCAGAUGGAGUUGGCUGAUCAGCUGAGUGGUGUGCCUGUCGCCCCUGAGUGGCUGUCCACCCACCCCUCCUACCGCAGUCGCAUCUCGAACCUCGACCGGCUCAUGCCAGAGAUAAUAAAAUACAUGAGUACGACCCAAAGGGGAGCCGUAGGAGAGUGGGUGGAGCUCCCAGGCCUGGCAGAGACUUCCAGACCAGACGCGGACUAACGAGACGUCUGGAGACCACCUUGCCGCUCUGCAGAGUUCAUGCGCUCGUGCACACACACACGCACACACGACGCGAGAGAAGAAAUGUGCGCACACUGUUGUUGCGUUAGCCGAAUGCUAUCCAGUGCAGAAGAAACGUUUGGUUAUGCAAUGCCGCACGUCUGAACACCCUGAGCACCAGCGCGCCUGCUCUCCCAUGGAUGGAGCGGAGCACCUGGACCUUCUGUGGACUUAAUGACUUAAUGAAACGACUACUCAACCCUUCUGCCUUUUGCCUGAAGACAAAACAGCGGUGGCCUACAGGUGGCGCUGUUUCUUUUUAAACCACUCUGAUAUUAAAAUGCCUGGCUGCUUUUAUGGUGAGUUUCUCACCUGUCUUGAUUUGAUAACUUCAGGACCCUGCAAAGCUGUUGUCUGUUGUCGAGCGCGGCGUUUUGGAUCUUGCGUGGCUUGACACGUUCCAGACGAGGCCCAAAGAUCCCCUGGAAUUCCGCCAGCACCUUUUCCGCUGAUGAGAUCCAUCAGCGCCUUCCCUGUCCUUCCCGCGGAGCUGCACUCGCACAUGUGUGCGCCCGUGGGCUUCCGAAUGAAGAGCUCAUUUUGACAGAGAGAAGGAGAAAAGCAUUGAGGGAGUUGAGUGUGGAGGACACUCAUUUCCAGGAACAUGCACUGUGCUCUCCCUUGUCACACAUCACUGACUCCACAAACUGCCUGUUUAAUAUACAAUGCAAAGUGGUGGUCGCUGGGAAGUGUGUGUGUGUGUGUGUGUUGGUGGCUCACGGGGGCUUACUUAACCUUCAGUCUGAACCCGCUGCAGUGAAUGAAAGCAUCCUGCUUGCAUUCAGCCACUCGGUGGGCUCAAACACAGGAGGAACAGAUGGUGAGGACGUUAAUUGUCCAUCAACCUUGUGUGUGCUUUUUCACUUUGCUGUGAGUGUGUGUUCACGUGUGUCUCCACAUGGGUGUGUGUGUGUGCGUGUGUUCACACGUGGUUCAACAUGUGUAUGAUCCUUUGCAAUCUUGUGGAUUUGGCUUCAUUUUCCCCGUGAGACGCCCCCAGUGUCAAAAAUGGCCAACAGCACCACUAACGGUCCAACCAGUGUCUCGGCCGUUGCUCGUGUCAUGGUUCUUAUCCACAGAGUUCUGUGUUUUUAAAAACUCUCCAAGUCUGGGGUCCCGCCGUACUGGAGCUAACGGGACUCUCAGCAGACAGGGCUGGAAGUGCUGUGUGAGAAUGGCUUUUUGAUUGACAGCCUCAGCCCCACUGCAGGGCAGUCAAGUGGAAGACCAUUCUGCUCCGAGUUCUCUCUCUGUAUAUUUGUGUGUGUGUGUGUGUCUCAGAUAGAGAGAGAAGGGAAAAGGUGAGUCGUCUUGCUAAAAUGUUAGCACCUUUCGCCCUGUCUGUGGGCUGAUACAUCCGUGUUGAUGUCUCUGCUCUGUACUCGGGGGAAGUGGGCAUUCAUUCAUUCAUUCAUUCCAGCCAAAAGAAGCAUGAUAGCAUAAUGCAAUAGAGCCUAAGAUUGUUCAGACAUUGUUAGUAGUUGAUAUUUUACAUGAACUCGUUA